AUGGCGAGAGCCCAAGAAACGGCUUUGGCCCGAUUCUAUGGUCUCCCAAAGGUGCACAAGGAGGGCGCUCCUCUCCGGCCCAUUGUAUCGCUCAAAGGCACUCCAACGUCCGGACUGGCAAGAUGGCUGUUUCGUCGCCUCAAAUUUUUGACCGCUGAUUCGGACACCACGGUCUGUUCGUCAAUGCAAUUCCUGGAGAAGCUUAAAGGAGUAAGUCUCUUGCCCAAUGAGGUCAUGGUAUAUUUUGAUGUCACGUCCCUCUUUACUAAUAUCCCCUAGGAUCUGGCAAUCGAGACCGUCCAGCUACUCCUACGAAACAAAUACGAUAAAACGGAGAAUCGUCUCGCACAUGCCCAAGACUUUGAGCUCCUUAAGUUCUGUCUCAGGACGUACUUCACGUUUGACAGAACAAUCUACGAGCAAGUGAAGGGAACACCAAUGGGAUCGCCGAUUUCGGGAUUUACCGCCGAGGCGGUGCUACAGCGGUUGGAAUCGCUGGUCUUCCAACACCACAGACCGAAAUUCUGGGCUCAAUUUGUUGUCGAUACCUUCGUCGUCAUCGUACGGGAUCAGGUGCUAACGUUCAAACAGCGUCUCAACAGCGUCUUCCCGGACAUACAAUUUACGAUGGUGGAGGAAGAGAAUAACCAGCUGGCAUUCCUUGAUGGUGGCCUAAAGACCAAAGUGUUCAGAAAAGCGACGAACACGACGCACAUUCUGAAUUUCAACAAUAACCACCCAAUCAGCCACAAACGCAGUUGCGUAAGAACGCUAUUUCGGCGUGUUGAGACGCACUGCAGUGAACCGGAAGACAAGGUUGCCGAAUCCCAAUAUCUUCGACGGGUUUUCCGAGAAAACCGUUACCCGCGCAACUUUGUCAACCAGUGCCUGCGCAAACGAGACGAGCGACAAAAUCGCGCCGACCCCAAAUUCCCGUACAUUAAGAACGUCUCCGAGACCGUUAGUCGCCUUCUUGCACCACUUGGGAUUGGAGUUGCGCACAGACCGGAGGCCACCAUAAGGCGUCAAGUGAUGAGACCGAAAAACCCAUUGCCACGGCAAGAAACAUCUGGAGACGUUUACGGGAUCUGGUGCAGUUGCGGACAAAGCAACUACGUCGGAGAAACUGGAAGAUUGCACCGGACGCGAAUCGCCGAGCACGUGGCAGCUGUACGGAGAAAUGACGCCAACUCUCAGGUCGCGGCCCAUUCGGCGAGAUCCGGCCACACAUUCAAGUUCGAUGAGGCCGAAAUUCUCGCGAGAGGAGAUAAUCGCGUGAGCCGCGAGUUGCUUGAGUCAUGGUUCACGGGACCUCAACGGGACCUAUCAACAAGUGCAACGACAUCCCCACUCCAUAUUCUGUCCUGA